AUGAGAAGAACCUCUGGGAAAAAAGAUUUGACUGAUAACGACAAAAGAGCCAUCGUUGUGGGUCGUCAAAAUGGACUGACCAUGAUGACGUUGGCAGGAAUGUUCGGCGUGACAGAGGCGUGCAUUUCUCAGUUCCUAAAGCGUUGGAAAGCUCAAGAUGGCUUUACUAAGAGCCAACACACUGGCAGACCACGUGUCACUGAUCGUAAUGACGAUAGAAACAUUUUGAAGACGUCUAGAACCGAUCCAAGACUCACCGUCCUUGCGAUCAGACGGGAAGUUUGCUGGAAUUCGCCAUCUCCGCCAUCCGUCUCGACCGUGAAACGACGUCUGAAUGCUGCUGGAAUCAUGGGACGUGCAGUGAAAAAACCGCUGAUUUCUGAAAAGAAUCGAUUCGCCAGGGUGAAGUGGGCGAAGGAGCAUCUCAACUGGACCCGUCAAGACUGGAACAAGAUUCUGUCGUCCGACGAAAGCAAGUUCCUCCUCUUCGGAAAUGACGAAAUUCAGUGA